ACACGGAAACUACGAAAAAGAAAGGAACUUGUUCCUUCCUUUCUUCGUCAAAUUUCAAAUCCCUAAUACCGAGCAAUUCCCCAAAUUAAGAAAGGGAACGUCUUCUUCCUUCCUCAAAUCUCUCUUCCAUCCUCAACUCUACAGGCACUAAAACAAUGGCGCUGGAAUGGGUGGUGCUAGGCUACGCCGCCGGUGCAGAGGCGAUCAUGCUGCUCCUGCUCACCGUCCCCGGCCUCGACGCGCUGCGCAAGGGCCUUAUCGCCGUCACUCGGAACCUUCUCAAGCCCUUCCUCUCGAUCGUCCCCUUUUGCCUCUUCCUGUUGAUGGACAUCUACUGGAAGUACGAGAACCGCCCCACCUGUGAAUCCGAUUCUUGCUCCCCCUCCGAGCACCUCCGCCACCAGAAAUCGAUUAUGAAGUCACAGCGCAACGCCCUUCUCAUCGCCUCCGCUCUCAUCUUCUACUGGCUCCUCUAUUCCGUCACCAAACUUGUCGUCCGUAUCGACCAGCUUAACAGUGGCAUCAAAAGGCUGAAGAAUAUGGACUGAUCAACUUGAUCUGAUUGCCGGAUCGGUCAGUUUUAGAUCAGAUCUGCUCGUUUCCUUGUUGACACUUGCUAUAUGGAAUAUAAAACUUUAUCUUAAUUGCUUUACUUUCUUUAUAUUACUUCCUGUGUAAUUUUGGGAUGCUUGUUUUGUCACUCACAAUGAUGCUAUAUUGUUUAUGUUUAGUUUAACGGCUAAAAAAUAAUCUGUUGUUUCUGGUCAUUUCGUUUCUUAUAUGAUUUUAGGUCAUCUGAUUUCUAAGAAGAAAUAUUCAUGCCACUU